AUGGGUCGCCGGCAGACUCAAAUUUCAAGGUCCAUAGUGACUGCGAUACACGGUGAGGAGCCGAAGCCCAAAAAUGCUAUCAACCGGAUUAUUCGGUCGAUCCGAACAUUUUUCUACAUAUAUGGCUUGAUUCUUGUCAAAUAUCGUCCUGAGUUGUUUCAGAAGCUCCGCGACAACGUUUGGAACAUUAUCGAUUCAGAAUACCACUCAAGCUUUGAAACCGAUCAUGAUCUCCGAGCGAUGGGCGAUAUGGGUUACUCAGGCUCCACCUUUUUCAACACGACGGAUGACAGGUAUAUCAUCAAAUCUGUGCCGCGAGUAUUCGAGCAUAGCUUCUUCAGGGAUGACCUAUUAGAGCCCUACAUCUCACACAUGGAAUCUAACCCGGAUUCUCUUCUUGUUCGCAUUACCGAUUUUCUCGCCUGGUCCUACAAAAGUCUUGGGGGGAUACUCGGCUUUGCGCCAACUUAUCACUUAGUGAUGGAAAAUCUCCUUCAUGGCCAGUCAGAGUACUCCGACUGGGAGACAUUCGAUCUGAAGCCAAAUUCUUAUUUCUUCCCUGAGCGAGAUAUUGCAGGUGGUCGAUUAGCAUCCCAAGCAACCAAGUCAAAGCUGGCCGAUAAAUUCGAUGACAAGAUGCUACUGAGCCGCGAAGACGCCGAUAGAUUCUUCGCCCGACUUGAGAAGGACACUGAGCUACUAGCACACUAUAAUGCAGUUGACUACAGCCUUAUGCUAGUCCGGAUACCAAGAACGACUCAACUAACUGCACCCAGUGACCCUUUCAGGGACCCUCCCACUUGGCGCACUGGCAUUCCGUCGCAGGACAACAAGUACGUUUUCCGUGCUACCAUCCUCGACUUCUUCUGGGCCAAGCACAAGGUCCACGCAAAGAUGAUGACCUUGCUCAUCAAGGCGUGGAACCUUGUCGAUCGACAAGGUCCUAUGAGCAUUACUACCACGCCUGAUGAGUACAGAACUCGAUUUCUGGACAUGUGCCAGGAAAUUGUAGCGGUCAGGGAGAACAGAAAUGAAGAAUCGGAAGCUGUAUCAUGA